CACCCAGGGGCCUGUCGCACAGGCAAACAGCAAUUGAUAGGCACUGGCAAUCAUGCAAGGGCUCCACAAAGGAGCAAUUCUAUUAGGUAUAGUUGCCCUCUUUAUUGGGGCUGACUGCUUCGGCGUUAUGGGAGGCAGUAAGGCGCCUUCGCAGGCGCGUGUCCAGAGCGCAAUGGACCCUGACGGCGGCCUGAGCCUCGGCGGCAAGCUGCACGUCUCCUUCUGCAACAGCUGAGGCAUGCGUGGCGCCUUCGUGCAAGUUAUGGAGCUUGCCCGAAGGCGUUACCCUGGGCUGGAGGUGGUGGGCACGCCCUACCCGCUCCCGGCCUGGAAGGUGCCUGUUGUGAAGGCGCUGCAGGUGGUGCAGUUCGGGCUGCUGGGCAUGUGUCUGGCGGGGGACAAGGUGUUUGCGGCGCUGGGCGUGCCCGUGCCGGCCUGGUACACGCAGAACGUGGCGAGCAACCGCUUCGGAGCGGCGAUGGGCGUGUGGUUUGUUGGCAACAUGGUGGUCACCAACAUGCAGAACACCGGGGCGUUCGAGGUGUUCUUCAACGGUGACCUGAUCUUCUCCAAGCUUGCGGAGGGCCGCAUGCCCUCGGUGCCGGAGCUGAUCAGCCCCAUGCAGGCGUUCUUUGAGGGGCCGGCGGGGCUGCAUGUUGGCGGCGCCGGUGCCUCGCGCCCGGGCCUGACCGGCGCCGGCAUGGGCCACGGACCGGAGCUGUAAGCAGCACCACCAGCUGCGGCGGCGGCGGCGAGCCGGCGGGUGCUGGGGCAGCGGAGCGGAGCGGAGCGGAGCGGAGCGGAGCGAAGUGGAGCGAAGCGGAGCGAAGCGGAGCGAAGCGAAGCGAAGCGAAGCGAAGCGAAGCGAAGCGAAGCGAAGCGAAGCGAAGCGAAGCGAAGCGAAGCGGAGCGGAGCGGAGGGGAGCGGAGCGGGCUGUGGCGCAGGGUCCGCUGGCGCGUGGCGUGCCGGGCUCGGUGGAGGAUGCCGCGGCGCGGCGCAGCAGGCGCUUGUUGGAGCUGGGUGGCACCGGCAGGGUGGCUGUGCCGCCUGUAUCAGUGGCAGGUGCGGCAGCAAUCAGUGUGGUGGUGGCUAGGACCCGCUCAACGGUCGGAGCUGGGAGUGGCUGGGAGCAGCGGUCACGCUACCGGUGUCGCGGUGGAAAAGUGGGUCGCGUGUGGGCCUGUAGGAGCGGCGUUGGGGCUGCAGCUGUUGGCCUGACGGGCUAGGCAAACAACCACUUAGGUGCCCCCUUGCCGCGUUGGGAUGGCAUGGAAGAUGGGGUUCGCUGGUUGGGACGGGUGUAAGGUCCGGCUGGUUCCACGACGCGGGAGUUGGUGAGCAUUGUGCUUCAAGCGCGUCACUGUGAGGGAAAUGAAGUGGCAGGACAGGCGGUGGCAACAUAUGAAGGCAGCGCUGAACCUCGCACGUAAUGGCGCAUGCUCUCCUUGCAAUGCAAGGAAGCAGGAGCCGCGAGAGGCGCACAGCCUGAUACACGUUGACUGCCGCUGACCUAAAGCAAAUCACUUCGUUGCUUCCUUUGGCGCGCCACAUGCAUGUGCUGUUGUGCCGGUCGUGGGCCCCGGACCCUAGGCGCCGGGUGUGGUGUGCGUGUGUUGGACUUGAGGAUGCGGUUGGCUGUGCUCAGCCUCUUGUAUUUUGCUGCCGCUGACCACUGAACGUAUGAGAAGUAUUUGGUCUCACCAAGGCCGCUGCGUGCGGUUGUGAGCGGCCACUGCGUACAGGCUGCCGCGAACACAGCAUUGCAAAGGGGGGCGGUGUAGGCAGCAGUGAGCGGAAACUUCAGGGGAUUCAGGAGUGGGGCAAGCCAGGGCAGCGCAGCAUUGCCUUCUGGUGGUUAGUUACGUCAGUGCUCUGUUGCACGGCGCAUUUCGGCACUUGGCGACAUGUACGACAAGUCGUCAAAGUGACGGCUGUGUAACGGAGGGUAACGGCGAUGAGAUGGCGUACGUGUUCGUUGUUAGUGCGGACGCAGGAACCCAAGAAGUAAAACAACUGUUCGUGGU